CCUCCAGGAAUAUGGAUGCCUUUUAUGUCGCGUUACGUAUCGCUUUGUUAUUUUAUCUCAUCACCCCUGGAUCAUCAACUUGUCUGACCGGUUGCUCCUGCACAGAUGACAACUUGGGAAGGUCUUUACUAUGUAUGGAAACCUCCAUGGGACAAAUUCCAGAGGACAUCCCACAAGAUUUCACUAAAAUACGAAUUGAAAACUGCCACCUGACCGAGUUACCUCGAGGAUCUUUCUCUAAAGUUAGUGCCUUGGAGUUCCUCUGGUUGAAUUUUAAUGAGAUCACCCUUAUGAACAUCAAAAGCCUGGAGGGGCUGGCCAACCUGACUGAGCUCAGGCUGCAAGGGAACAAGUUGACUUCAGUAACGUGGACGGCAUUUCAGGACACUCCGAAACUGAAGAUUUUGGACCUGAAGCACAAUCGACUGGACGUUCUGCCUGAACACGCUCUGAGACACUUACCUGCCCUGACCUACUUGGAUUUAUCCUUCAAUCAGCUUACUGUCAUAUCAAAGGAUGUCUUCAUCAAUUGGCCUCUUUACCAAACAACAGAGAAAGCGUGGGGGAAAGAAGGGGUGGUCUCCAAUGUGGUUCUGGCGCUGCAUGACAACCCCUGGUUGUGCGAUUGCCGCCUCAAAGGCUUUGUUGAAUUCACCCGGGCCGUCAGCCCUCCCAUCAUUCUCAUGAACUCUUAUUUGAAGUGCUCAGGACCUGCCUCCAAAGCUGACAAGUUUUUCCACGAGAUCCAGUUAAAAACAUGCAUGAAGCCGGUGGCCUCUGCCCCAGAGACUAACAUCACUUUACCUCUCGGAGCAAAUGCAACACUCACAUGCUUAGUAAAGGCCAGGCCAGGUCCCACCAUUCAGUGGAUGUACAGUCUGAAGAUUAUAAGAGGAUUUGCUGCUACAGAGACUCAUCUAGACGAGGAAAGCGUCACCUCCCAGUUGGUGAUCCCCUCUCUUCACCUUGCAGACCGAGGACUCUACACCUGCAUGGCCAACAACUUCAUUGGCAACUCCUCUGUCAGCAUCAGGGUUAACAUCAGCUCCUCCAAUUCUACUGCUUCCCUCCCUCCACCUUUUCCUAUGUUGUCUUCCGAUGAGAAUGCCUACAUUGACAUCCGCAUCGCCAAGCAGACGGUUUACGGUAUCACCUUGGAGUGGUACGCAACAACGGACAACCCAGCAGAAACCUGGUUCACCAUCCACUUUGGCAAAUACGAUUCACCCAAAAAAGACAUGAUAUACAUUGGCCCCGGCAUCAACAGCUACACCAUCAGCGAUCUACGUCCCGUCACCAAAUACGAGGUUUGCGUGACCCUGAGGAACCAUCCACCAAGGGAAGGCCAGUGCAUCGUGUUUGUGACUGGAAGUGACAUCAGUGAGUUGGAGCAAAGGGAGAGGCUGAUCCACAUUAUCGUCAUUGUGUGCGCAAUGGUGCUGGCGGUGCCGGCCGGCAUGUACGCGUGCACCACGGAGGCCCGGUUCAGCUGCGUGGACCGCUGCGUGAGUCUGUGGAAGAAGCGCAGGCUGCACAGAGAGGACCAGCAGGGGACGGAGAGGCAGGGCACCUUCGACAGUCUGCAGGCAGCCAGUGAUGAAGGCCUGUGCAGGGACUCUGAGGAAAAGCCUAAAAAGAGGCGGAUAUCUGAGGACAGGUGCAAAGGAGGAAGUGCAGCUCAUCUGUACUAGCACCAAAGUCAAGAAAUGUACAUAUAUGUGUAAAUAAUGUGUGGAGC